CUGGGCUGGAUUGAUGAAUCCAGAUCGCGUGUGUGUGUGUGAGUGAGAGAGAGCGAGCGAGAGAGAGAGAGAGCCUCACCACCGGGAUUUUGAGGAAUUUGCCUGUGGUGUUAAAGGGAAGGGAACAAGUAAGAGAAACUGAGAGAGAGCUCUACCUAUCGACGGAUAUAAGAGAAGUCAAGAGCAUUAGGCAUAAGCAGCCAUACCCACUCAGCCACUAUGAAACGUCUUUGAGAGAGCGCGCAUUAAAAAAAAACAAAAAACCACAAUCAGCCACUAACCAGGACUUUCCAGAGUCCAGGGAGAGGGGAGAGCGAGAGUCCUUAGCACUGAUCUCUUAGAGCAUUAAAGACUUUUUUUUUUAAAAGCGCUUGGCUUCUUCUCCUCCUUUUCAUGCGAAAGCCAUGAGUUCCUACUUUGUAAAUCCUCUUUUCUCCAAGUACAAAGGCGGCGAGUCCCUGGAACCAACUUACUACGACUGCAGAUUUCCACAAAGUGUGAGCAGAAGCCAUGCUCUCGUGUACGGUCCGGGCACCACGGCUCCCAGCUUCCAACACCCGUCACACCACGUCCAAGAGUUCUUCCACCACGGAACGUCCAGCAUUUCGAACUCGGGAUACCAGCAAAACCCUUGCGCUCUGGCGUGCCACGGCGACGCUUCCAAAUUCUAUGGAUACGAAGCCCUACCAAGGCAAUCGCUUUAUGGUGCCCAGCAAGAGGCGGCCGUGGUACAAUAUCCUGACUGUAAAUCCUCUUCCAACAGUAACUCUAGCGAGGGACAAGGGCAUUUAAAUCAAAAUUCUUCGCCCAGCCUCAUGUUCCCAUGGAUGAGACCUCACGCUCCCGGAAGGCGCAGUGGCAGGCAGACUUACAGCCGGUACCAAACCCUGGAGCUCGAGAAAGAGUUCCUCUUCAACCCCUAUUUAACACGGAAGCGGCGCAUCGAGGUCUCGCAUGCCCUGGGACUGACAGAGAGGCAGGUCAAGAUCUGGUUCCAGAACAGGAGGAUGAAAUGGAAGAAAGAAAACAACAAGGAUAAACUCCCCGGGGCCAGGGAAGAGGAGAAAGCGGAAGAGGAAGGCAACGAGGAAGAGGAGAAAGAAGAAGAGGAGAAAGAAGAAAGCAAGGACUGAUCCCCCUCUCAGCUCCUUGAAGUCCUCGUUUUAUGGCAGAUGAUAAAUCGAGAUGUUUACGACGGUCAUUCGCUUUUAUAGAGUAUAGAAUGGAGAGACUCACACACAACAGUAACUACCUGUCAAACAGUUGUAGAACCCCUUUUUUAUUGUCAUCGAACUUCCCCUAGGUUUUUUUCUUCCAUCCUCCUAUAGCAGCAAUCCCCCCCCCUUUUUUUGGCUUUCAAUAAAAUAAAUAUAGAGCUGGGUUUGACAGCAGCCCAGUCCGAACUGAGCAUUACCUAUUUGCAAAGAACUGGACCUUCCGAUCGUCACCACCAGCAAUGACCCCACCCCUUCUCCGCUCCUGGCUCUAUUCUAACUCUAAACCACAAAUGCUCUGAUGUAUUUGUUUGGAAGUGGGGGUGAUGCCUGUUUCUUCUCGACCUUGUUUGCUCCCCAAGUUUAAUCAUGUCAAGUGGGGGCCUGGAGGGAGGGUAAGAAUGAAUCAUAAUACUUUAUGCUUAGUCUUAAAAACAAAAAAACCCUAUCUACCUAUAUAUUCUUCCACAUUAAGGUCCUUUGAUUAUUUCUUUUUUUCUUUUUUAAAAAACUUUUAGCUCUCUGUACCUACUGAAGGACAAUUUGGGGGCUGGGGGGCUGGGGGGGAGAAGGAGGCUUGACAUGUGCCUGAAGACAGACCCACAUGCUUACUAGUUAUCUAUGAAUAUAUCUGUACAUACAGUCUACCUAUUCUAUUGCCCUGUUAUCUGCUAGGCAAAAGCUGCGACCCUAUUGCAUCUUCACCUGGAAGGAAAUCCCACCCCAAUCAGGGGAAAGGGGGGGGGGCUUACUUCUGAGUAAACCUGCAUAGGAGAGCUGCGACGAACGUGGACCCAUGGAACGAUUUCCUAUGGGUGUUGUUUACUUAUAGGACUUGGUGUGAGCGCUCGAAAUUCUUAACAUACUACCUAAUGGGAAACCUGCAAUAAUACUCUGUUAGCAACAAAGUGGGGGCUUACACAGACGGGAGGGAAAAAAUAAACUUCGUGGAAAUCAUUUUUUAAAAAACGAGAGGAGUGUAAUGCCCCAAUGCAAGCUACUAAGUAGCAGAAAAUAAUAAGAAUAAUAAGUAAUAAUAAAAAAUACAAAAAAAGGAACCACCCCACAUUGUAAUGUAUCUUAUCACUACCUAUAGAAGGAGUCAUGCUUUGAAAGUAUUUGUAACGCGGUUUUGUUGUCGUAUGUUGCUGCUUAUUUUUUUUCUUGGAAAAAGAGAGGUAAAUUUAAUUCCCAACAACUGAAACUGCCUAGA